AUGAUCGAGUCAACAACCAAGCACAGGACCAAUCAUACACAAGGUCAACCACCUGUGACCUUGACACUUGUGUCAACCAACGGCAACCGAAUCCCCUUAAACUCAAUAACCUCUGCAACGGAGAUCAUCCUCGUUCCGUCCCCUCGUACCAAGACAUCAUCGUCGAAGACAGCCGGGACAAGCUUGUCUCAACUAUCCAUCAUGACUAUUGUCGGACCCAUCGCCCGUGAGGUCGGGUACAUCACCGAACACAUCGUUAAUGAAAUCGAGUUCCUUUUCGGACCAAUCGUCUAUGGGAUUGGGAACAUCGCCGGCCGAAUCGUCGGUGGGGCUCAGUACAUCGACAAUCAAAUCGCUGAUGGGAUUGGCUACAUCGGCAAACAGACCGCCCCUGAGCGUCACUGCCCCGCUGGACCCAACGACUGUGAGACUAAGUCCACCCAGGAACAGUCGAUGCAGGAGCUAGACGAACAGAUGGAGACAGAGUACGAGAAGUACGAGAAGGAGUAUAAGGCCUACGAGAAGGGCUAUGAAGCCUACAAGCAGGAGUACGUGGCCUACGCAAAGGGCUACGAGGAGUACGAGAAGGGCUAUAAGCAAUACGAGAAGGACUACGAGAAGUACAAGGAGGAAUACGAAGAGCAUGAGAGGAACUACGAAGAGUACAAGGAAGACUACAAGGACUAUGAGGAGUGGGAGAAGGACUACAAAGAGAUGAUGGACGACCGAGAGGAAGUCAAGGAGGCAUACGAGCUCGCUAAACAGAGAUACGCCAAAGUGGAAGAAAGUUACAAGCUCUAUUUCGAGAAAAACAGCCUCGAUGACCAAGCCACCAAUGAUGAUGAGUGGAAGCUGUGUCAGGAGGGUUACACGUGCAAUAUGGAGCAGGUCAAGCUCCUUGAGGUACAGUACAAACUCUAUGAAGAGAUGAUGAAGUCCUGGGAAGAGCACCACGAGUACAGGCAACAAAAGGAAAAGUCCGACAAAAUCCAGUUCACGAAGGAGGAGGCAGAGAUAAAGAGCGAGGCGUUGGAACAGCGUGCUCGCAGGAACGAGGAAGAAGAAAGACGCUUCGUUAGGGAAGUGUUCCGCCUCGUUAAGGAGCAUGAACGCCUUGAUGAGGAGGACAGUCGCCUCGAUGAAUGGGAUAUACGCCUCCAUGAAGAGGCGGAACAGAUGUGCCUCAGACACAAGGAAGAGAAGGAGCAAAGACGCCCCGCGGAGGAGGGGGAACAAAGACGUCUCGAUGAGGAGAAGGAACAGAGACGCCUCGCAGAAGAGGAAAGACGCCUCGAAGAAGAAAAGGAAAAGAGACGUCUUGAUGAGGAGUAUGAGAAGGUUGAGAAGCCUGAGGAGGAUAAGGAGUGGGAUCUCCUGUAA